UUUUUUUUAAUGAACAGCUGAGAGUGAAAAAGCGCGCGCGCAAUAAGGACGACAGCGCGUGACUGACACGGAUUCCGCGGAAUUACCUCCCCGUUAACUUUCCCAAAGGGAUAAAAAGACAUACACAAAUAAAUACCGUAAAUCUUCUGCGGACUUUCCUGGUCAAUUCCAGCAGUGGAUCUCCGAAUCACCAACAGCAAACAAGACAGACCAACAAACGGACCGGCAUUUCAUGCGGCUCUGGCUGGGGCUGUUCUCCUCGAUGUCCUUGAGAGUUCAGUGAUUUAAAAAAAUGAUUUGACGAAGCAGAACUCAGAAUCAAUAUUAGGCAGAGUGCAAGUCAUGUAUCAAGUUGUUCCGGGUGGAGCGGGAGGCACAAUUACAGAUGUUAUCCCCAAGCAGAAGCACAGCAAGGACACUCGACCAUUGGUUUGGGCUGGAGUAAUUGGCUUGGUUCUGUUAAUUGCAGCAGUGACUGCAUGGUGUUAUUACAUAGCCUCUCUACGCAAAGCUGAACUGCUUAAGACUCAGCUUCUGGAUCUGAAUAAAGAUGGGUACAUUAUCCGCAACCAGGGAGGGUCUAUCGUUUUCAGAAUGGAUUUCAGGUCAGGUACGCUGGAUUUGGAUUCCUGCUCCAAAGAAGGGGAGCUUCUGAGCUGCGGACGCACCACUGAUAGGAACCUGAACUUCUUCAUUGAGACAGUGCGACCCAAAGACACGGUGCAAUGCUACCGUGUGCGUUGGGAGGAACUGGUUCCUGACAUUCCGGUAGAGCAUGCCAUGACGUACACGUUUGCACACUGGUAUGGUGGUGCGGUGUCAGCAAUUCAACACUGGCCUAUUUCUAUUUCUGGCCAACAGCCUCCCAAACCCUUUGUUACUGGUGACAUCUACUCCAACCGAAAUGAAUUUGGAGGGAUUUUGGAGAGUUAUUGGCUUUCAUCUAACGCUACGGCCAUCAAGAUAAAUAAUUCGGUUCCCUUCCACCUCGGCUGGAACGACACGGAGAAGACCAUGUCCUUCCAGGCGCGAUACAAUGACAGUCCCUUCAAAUCAAACCCGGGUGAGGCCCCAUGUGCGGAGCUUAGCUACAGAGUCUGCGUGGGCUUGGAUGUCACAUCCAUACACAAGUACAUGGUCCGCAGAUACUUCAAUAAACCAAACAAGGUGCCUGCCAAAGUCAUGUUUCGCCAUCCUAUAUGGUCGACCUGGGCGCUGCAUAAGACUGACAUUGACCAAGAGAAAGUCUUGACGUAUGCCGCCAACAUCCGCAAAUAUAAGUUUAACUGUAGCCACCUGCAGCUAGACGACCGCUACACCAGCCGCUAUGGGGAAUUUGAGUUUGACCAAACGAAGUUCCCCAAUGCCUCGUCCAUGUUCCAAAGGCUAAAAUCAGAUGGGUUUCUGGUGUCACUCUGGAUUCACCCUUUUGUCAACUAUGACUCCGAAAACUUCCAUUCUUGCGUAGAGAGGGGCCUGUUUGUCCGAGAGCCUACAGGCCGGCUUCCGGCGUUGGUGCGCUGGUGGAACGGUAUUGGUGGCAUUUUGGACUUCACAAAUCCGGAAGCCCGCGAUUGGUUUUCCUCUCAGCUCCGAUCACUGCGCUCCAGGUAUGGAGUGUCCUCUUUUAAAUUUGAUGCAGGCGAGACUAACUACUUGCCCUGGAAGUUUAGCACCAGGACUCCCAUUCGGGACCCAAGCUUCUUUACGAGACGUUACACGGAAAUGGCUAUUCCCUACAAUGACAGGGCUGAGCUGCGCAGUGGCUAUCAGUCGCAGAACAUCUCAUGCUUUUUCAGACCCAUUGACAGAGACUCUGUUUGGGGCUACGAGUUGGGUCUCAAGUCUCUUAUCCCCACCGUGCUCACCAUCAGCAUUCUGGGCUAUCAGUUCAUUUUACCGGACAUGAUCGGAGGGAAUGCAUAUCUGAACCGCACAGAUGGGAAUAGUGUAUUACCCGACCGAGAACUCUAUAUCCGCUGGCUGGAGCUGUCAGCCUUCAUGCCGUCCAUGCAGUUUUCUAUUCCGCCAUGGGCAUAUGACAACGAGGUGGUUGAAAUUGCUCGGAAAUACACAGCCCUCCAUGAGAGUAUUGUGGCGCCACGGGUGCUGGAGCUGGCUGGCGAGGUGCUGGACACCGGAGACCCAAUUAUACGGCCCCUGUGGUGGAUUGCCACGGGGGAUGAGACCGCCUAUAAAAUUGACUCCCAAUUCCUUAUUGGGGAUGACCUCAUGGUAGCCCCAGUUUUAGAGCCUGGGAAGCAAGAACGUGACAUCUACCUCCCUGCCGGCCAUUGGAGGAGCUACAAGGGGGAGAGAUUUGAUAUCAAGGAGCCGCUGCAUCUCACAGACUAUCCUGUUGAUCUGGAUGAAAUUGCUUACUUCGUUUGGGUGUAGCAAGAGGGAAAUGUCCGGCUGAACAGAUGUGAUAAAGCACUGCUGCAAUUUGCGUCUAUGAUAAGCUUCAGAAAUUCAGCUUUUAUGCAUUCUUUUAUUCUUAAAAAAAUACAUGUAAGAAAUAUGAAACCGUUUCACUAAAACAAAUGCUCAUAUCAUUUUUUUUUUGUGUCAAAAGUGACCGUCUCACUUUAAAGCCUGUUCACGUAUAUGAAGCAUUAGUUGAAAAAGGGAAUAUGAAAACUGUGAAUGAAAUAAGGGAUCCUUGUAUGCUAUGAAGAUGGAAGUUACAUUUAAGCCAAACAGAUUGUAUCAUGGGAGGACAACUGCAGGGAUGUGGUUACCGUUGGCCUCAUGAAACCUUCUAUAUUAACUUCCAUUUGACUAAGAUGUCUUACUUUUCUGUGACACUAAUGACUGUUCUUCUCCUUUGCAUCGAGAUACCUUUCAGGAAGUCAGGUUUUAUGCUUCACUUAUUAGGAUGAGUGCUUGAAGUUUAAUCAUUAAACUCUCAUUUGUGGAACACAGUGUCAUGUAACAACUCUUAGUCCAGAAGAAGAUGCCUUUUAUUGGGUGCUAAAUAUUUUAUGCUCCUCCUCAGGUAAUAGCUUUUUCUGGUGUGGUUUGGAGUGUAGUUGUGUGUGUCUUUAUUGUGCUUUGUCGACUCCAAAUCCAGCUAAACAACUUCAGUGUUUAGUGUUCAUAUGAUGAACACAAUAACCUAAGUGAUAAUGGUCUGGUUAGUGUGUACCUACUUGGUAUGCAAUGUGGAAGUCUGUGGAUGGAGUUAAUUUGGCAGCAUUUCAUUGAAAUACAUUUAAUUUAAUUUAAUUCAAAUGAAAUGGUACAAUGUAUUUUCUCACUUUGUUGUGUAGAUGUGAAGAGUUUGUCACUGCGGCGAUACUCCUACGUGCGCUGUGCUAACAUUGACUCAUUGAAUAUUUUACAUUGAUUGUAUCUCAUAUUUAGUUUUUAAUAUUUGUUCAUUUAACCCUUAAUGGGGGCUGGGGGGGGACCCUUUAACACCCUUUACUAAAAAUGUUAUGUUCAAAUAAAACAUUUCUUUAGUAAAUCAUGUGAUGAUUAAGACACAACAAAUAUAUUGUCUAAUAAAACUGGUUUGCAUGUUGACCUUAGCGGGUUUUAUUUGUGCCUUUUGGCAUAGUUUCGUCAUAACUCUGCUCCCUAUUUAUAGCACUUCUCACUCAGCAUCUGGGCCAGGCCAACCUCUCAGGCUAUUUCUGAGACUCGCAGACUGUCUUGCUCUAUGACGAAACACAGAGGCUGUAUAUCCAUCUAUAUAUAUAUAUAUAUAUAUAUAGAAAUGUGCCUUUGCUUUUAGCUCUUUUGACACAGUGUGAGGAGUCCGUCUCUCCAGCCAUUGUAACUGAACAUUGCACUGAUUUCAAUGCGAGUUGAAAUUGAACUGAAUUGAAUUGAGUGCAUCUUUGAUGUUCUUUAGUGCGAAUGCAUUAAAAUACAUCAGGUUUAAAUCGUUA